GGAAGGGACGUGCUCUUUACUUGAAAUGGAUAAAGAGAUUCCCUCCGCGUGAAAAGGGUUUCUUGUUAAAUGCAAUAAAGUAUCUUCAUUUUUGGCACCAACUCACUGCCCAAACACACAGAUCUAGAUCCAAGUAACUACUCUUACUUCAUUCAGGAAUGUCGAGGAGGCCGGCUAGCUUAUCUCGGCGUCUGGGAGAUGGAGCUGGCAUUCCCUUUAUGGGCUCCUUGAACCCAAAAUCACGUGCAUCGCCUUUCUUAUCCGUUGGACUUGUACUAGUGGGAGCUUUUUUGAUAAUUGGUUACAUUUAUAGUGCUCCAGGUCGAAGCCAUGCAGCUUUAAGUAGGCUUGAAGGUGAUGUUUCAUGUUCAGCAGAGAUUAAUCAAGCAUUACCAUAUCUGAAGAAGGCGUAUGGUGAUGGCAUGCAUAAACUUCUGCAUAUAGGUCCCGACUCGUGUGCAGUGGUCUCCAAGUUGUCAAAAGAAGAAGACAUAGAAGCUUGGGGUCUGGAACCGUAUGAUUUGGAUGACAGUGAUGCCAACUGCAAGAGCCUUAUACGCAAAGGCGUUGUUCGUGUUGCUGAUAUAAAGUUUCCUUUGCCAUAUCGGUCAAAUUCAUUUUCACUUGUCAUAGUCUCGGAUGCUCUUGACUAUUUGUCCCCAAAGUACCUCAACAAGACUCUUCCUGAACUAGCAAGAGUAUCUUCAGAUGGAUUUCUUAUUCUUUCUGGUUAUCCCGGUCAACGUAGGGUUAAAGUGGCUGAGAUGUCCAAGUUCGGUCGCCCUGCCAAAUUGCGAAGCUCUUCAUGGUGGAUUCGGUUUUUCGUUGAAACGAGAUUAGAAGAGAAUGAAGUUGCUACUAAGAAGUUUGAAAUGGCUGCAGCAAAGAAGGGUUAUCAGUCCACCUGUCAGAUAUUCCAUAUGAAAUCACUCAGUUGAGUUUUUAUUAUAAAAGAAGAAAGCAAACUAGAAAGUUGAAAAAAGCUGAAAAAAGCAUACACAAUGAAGAUGAAAAUUUUUGUUUCAAGUGGAGGUGGAGGUGGAGGUGGAGCAUAUAUCAUUUUAGCAUACUCAAGAUGUAUAUUGUUUGUUUGUUUGUCUCAUUGUUUUUUCAUAUUGUUAUGUAAUAUGUAAUUUUAGAGGACUUUGACUUUCAACCUAUGCUUUAUACUUGUAUUCAAUUGCAGUCCUCGAUCUUUUCUUUA